CAUUUUCCAUCAAAUGGUGUUUGCGGAGGUAACCCCAGCAGGUAUAAAGAUAACACAUUCUGAUUGUAACGGAAUCAAUGACAUUCCAGAGCAGAUUGGCCCUGUCGUUGACGAAGCAGGGGACAUUCAUUAUUUCAGCCGAAUUCACAAUGAUGACCCUACUGUGCAAUAUUGGUUGAAGAGGCUGGGUCAAAGUUUGGCAAAGCAUUUUGCUUAUGUCUAUAAAAUUAAUGUGGACAAAGAUCGUGCCGUCUUAAUUGAUUUUCCGGAAGGAUAUUGGAUGUUUAUGCAUGAAAAAGAGCACAAGGAUGGAAAGAAAACGAGCGUACAAAAAUAUUUACUUGGUAAUAUUAGUAUUCAUAAGUCAUCUUUGCUAAUUCUUAGAAUUAAUGAGGUGUCUACAUUCGCAGGGCACACCAUAUAUAAAUCCACGAACGCUUUCAUGCCUCAUCUAUUUUGGUUGGUGUCGGACAAGUCCAAUAAAUGCAAGUGUCGUUCAUGCGUAUGCGAUAAAAUGAAAGAGUCAAUGCCAAUAACUCCAGCACGAAAGGCAUACACUAGUAGUACCCGUGUUAAUAAUGGGGCAAAGCGUAAAAGUAAAUUCAGUAAAGUUCAAGGAACUAUUGAUUUUAGCAAGCUGGAGUUUAUUAAUUUCGAGAGGAAACAGGGUGUCACAAUAUAUAGAUGUGGUGAGGUCGUGUGGGUGGAUGUUCUGAAGAUGGGAGACAAAAAAUUAACACGGUUAGCCGAAUCAACAUCUAAGGAGAUCGACAUCAGGUAUUGGCCGGGGAUCAUAUUAAAGCGUACGAGAACGCAGUCAUCCAAUGAGCACGAAGAUUCCACUCCAAAAACUUCGGAGGAUAGUUUAAGUCUAAUGGAGGUUGACACUCCUAAUACAGAAUACGGAUUUAUAGGUGAGGUUGGUGGAGUGCCGGGCGAGUCUUUUUUCGGUUCCGCGUCGCCAAGUCCGCUCGCAAAAAUUAAGGAAAAGGACAUUCCAACCUCGCAACACAGCCCAGAGUUCGAUGAUUGUUAUGUUUUAAUCCCAACGAUAAAUUGCUCUCAACAUUCUUAUCCUGUCAAUGAUGCUUCGAGGCUUAGUGAAGAUGAAUUUUUUGUCGAAUUAUUUGAGCUAUCAGAAAAAUUGGAACUAGAUCGUGAGGCGCUUUCUCCGUGGUUAACUCAUCGACCGAACAUUCUUGAUCCGGAUUGUGAUACAGAUAACGAAAACGACGAAUCGCUAGUAAGAAAUUAUGUUGACGCUGUUCGAGAAGCAACUUUAUUAUCUCAAUCAUACACAACCUUGAAUGCUUAUCAAGAAGACGUGAUGGACUACAGUCAAAUGAUUGAUAUGCUAAAGCAAAACGAGAGAAGACGAGUGAAGGAUAAGAUUAUACGUACCGAAGCCAUCCUCUUUGGUAACGAAUUAUUCUGCAUUGAAGACAUAAUACGAUUGACACCAUGCGACAUAGAGAAUCCAACCUACGAGGAUUACCCCGACCCACAGUAUAUUUAUCUGAAAGAUAUCUGUGAAACAAACAACGGUAUACAACUCAUCGGGGACGGAUUAAUUCGUAGAAGAUUAGUCAAUGAAAAUGAUGCACGAUUUAUUACGGAUUACGAGUGGUACAGGAUUAAUUUCCCGGAAGAGGAGUACACAAUAGAUUUGGGAGAAGUGGCAGGUAGGUUUUACGUUGAUUACCCCGAUCUCGAAGAAAUUAUGGGGUGCUCGCGUUCCAUGACCCUUAAGGAACGGUGGGGAGGUCAGAGUUUCUAUAGGACUAUUAUGAAUACCAUGAAUGUUUCUCCGAUCGUAUAA